AUGGCACAGCAGAUCCUUCUUGCUCCGCCUUCAGAACGGACUCUUUCUCAAGCCGAAAGCCUUGCUGUGGUUCAGAUCUUCCUCAACGCCUCGUUGGCAUGCAUCGCUCACACAAGAGAACUGAUCCCAUGGACGUCGCCCUGCUUUCGCAAGGGUUAUAUCGGCCAGAUCACUCUUGAAGACGACCCCUCUGCUGGAGGGAGUCUGUAUUCGGCUUUUCAGGCUCUCACUCCGGAGAUUGCUGGUGAAGGUCAAGAGAUCAAACUCCUUGUCCGCGGGGGGCAUCGACGCGCUGAUCAAAUCCUUGAUAUGCUCGAGAAAGGAGUAUUUGACGCCUUGCAUCGAACUUACCUGGACAGCCUUCGUGUGUUUGUGACAAAUGCAACAGAAAGUCAGCCAAUGAUUGUUGAGACUUACCACUUCGCCUUUGCGUACGAACAAGGUCGUGUCACCGGCGUGCGAUUGGACCCAGUGAAUCAUGCAUUCGUCUUGGAGAAUGCACACAAAAGUUUCAAGGCUGCGAUACGGGCUCUGCUCCGCUCACUGAGGGAUCUGCCUCGUCUGCCAGCUCGUCGUAAGCUAGGAAUGAGCCUCACAUACAACGAAACAUGUCCUAUGCCAUAUCAACCACCUGGAUUUGUAGACAAAGAUGAUUACCAAGAGGGGGAAGGCCAGAUAAUGUGUGAGGCGUUAUUGAAGCGAGAUGAGGAUGUUGUAGGUGUGCUGGAAUGCGGACACCAGCAAGUGCGUGUUGCAGUGAGCGUUCAAUCAUCGAUCGAUCUGCAAGACACGGAAAUGAGCAGACAGUUGCAGGCAAUGCAGAAGACGUCCUCCAGCCACAGCAACAACCUCGUCUCUACCUGGAGAGAUUCAUUUCCCGGAGCAAAACGUCCCAGGACCGGUCCAAUCCCCCGUGCGAAACGCUUGAGAGCUUCCUCUUCGGGGAAGCCGUCAAACAAUGAACCCGUUCCACAGGAAGUCAGUUUCAACAUCCCCACGGGGUCGCAACGCCUUGAGAAGCCGACCUUUGCAAGCCCAGAAUUGGGUCAGAGGAGCGCGUCCAAAGAUCAUUCCGCUCCAACAAGUUCGCCAAAAGGAAGUUGUCUGUGUCUUCGUAUUUCCAAGCUCACAGAGCUCCUCAUCCACUGCUAUGCCAUUCAGAGCGGAAAGACAGGCGGAAAUGAGAAUGCUUUUGAUCAAGGCCUGCUAGCUGAAGGAAAGAUCAAACGCCUCAGUCGAUCGAGUCGCAUCAAUUGUGAAUGUGGAAGUCAGCAGAAAUCGAGUUCAAUGCUCUAUUGCGAGGUAUGCGACGGUUGGCAGCAUAGUAAAUGCUACGGGUGCGACGAAAGCCUCACCUAUACGACUUGGCCUGAGCACUUCUGCUAUACCUGUCUUCUGUUUUCUGAGAGGCUAGACCCACCGACCUCCCCUUUGCUCAUCAUUCUCCUGCGAACAGCUGUAAGCUAUCUCACCACAGAGACCAUCCCCGGAGCACAGAUCGACGAAAAAUUCUUGCAGACACGCCUGAAACCAUCCCAAUAUACGCCCCAAGCGCUUGACCGGACAAUGGAGCGCCUGGUGGAAGAGAGGGUGGUAAUGCCGCGGGCCGAUGGAUCCUUCGAAGUCAGAUUGCUUAGCGACUCGGAGAUGUGGCAAGUCAAGGAGCGAUGUAUGAGGCCGUUAGCGUCAAUAGGGGGUUUUUAUGAGACCUGUGCAGACGUCGAAGAUAGGCACAACGACAAGGACCUGACGAGGUUACUCAAAGCGUACGCCCGUGGGAAUGAUUAUACGACAGCCGAAGAAUGCGAAAAGCUGACUGAGUACGACGACUUUGGAAAUCUAAUAGUCCGUUGGGGAUAUCGCUUCGGUGGAUUGAUUCCGACACCACGAGACUCGAUUGUCCAAGGUCGGACGGCGACACCAGUACGUCGACGGAAGGUCAGUAUCUCGCGCAUACUGAUCAACAUUGACCGUUCCCCCUCCGCUGCGAGUAUGAGCUUCGAAGAAUCGACAAGCGGACACCCCAAUGACUGGGGUUACGACACUGAUUUCAGCACUGCUACCGCCGACUGA